AUGGUCCAUAAAUCGGUUAAUAAAUCAAUGAUAAUUAAUAAUAACACAAACAAUAUUAUAAGAGUAGACGAAAAUCCAGUGGGGAUUUGUCGCGUCAAGAAUUGCCGCAGUCUUUGCAAUGUCGAGACUAUUGACGCCGUUUUGAAUUAUAGAAACGGAUCUAUAUUUGCAUUUAAAGGCAAUUUCUUUUGGCAAAUAAUGGAUAAGCAAUUGUCGCCCACUCUUCACACCCGCAAAGAGAUCGGCAAUUAUUGGAAUCCAAACAAUACAACACAAACUCCAUUCUUGGGACCAAUUAGUGCCGCCUUUAAAGAUAACAAUGGAUUCACAUAUUUGUUUAAAUUGUCAACUCUUUAA